UUCAAAAACCCUCUGAAGAGAUUUGGCGACAAUUGGCAGUUGAUUCUUCAGAGCGCGACUUAGAAGCGCAUAUGGAUUUUGUUUGGUAUGGAAUGGAAUUAAUCACGCAAAAAGCAGAAGAAUCCAGACAGGAUUACACGGAUUCCAAACUCAACAUUGUACAACCACGCAAAAAUGAGCAGGAAUCCAUACACAAACCGUUCGUUACGUUCUUUAUCAACUCCAAUUCAGCAUUUCUUUAUCGGCUUUGUCAACUCCAAUUCAGCAUUUCUUUAUCCGCUUUGUCAACUCCAAUUCAGAAUUUCUUUAUCCGGAUUUACAUUUGCUGGAUUGGGUGUCUGUGGGUCCUCUUUUCGAGUGAAGUACAAUUUGGGUUCUUUAGUUCUAGGGUUUUCAGUCUUGAUUGAGGGGAGAACUCUGUUUGCUGAGAAUGAUGGCUUCUCCUGCUGCUGCUGCACCUCUUCCAUCACAAAAGGAGCUUGAGGAGAUGCUCAUUGAGUCUGGAAUUGAGCUCUCUACACCUCCUCCAUCCACUGGCGAGCUUCUCAGCCUCCUUGAAAAAGCUGAAUCAGAACUGAAGAGCAUAGGGCAAGACCCUUCAGUGUCGAUGAGAAAUGUACUUGAGCCAAUUAAAAAAGCGCUGAUUGAAACGAAACUUCUGAGACAUUCUGAUAAAAUCAUUGAGGUUUCUGUUGCAUCUUGGAUCUGUGAAAUUAUGAGAAUAUCUGCACCCGUUCUACCCUAUGAUAAUACAGAAAUGGAGGUCGUUUUCCAUCAGAUUAUAGCAUCCCUUGAAAAGUUAUAUUUCAUUGAUAGUAACUACUAUAGUAAGGCUCUGAGAGUUCUUGAAGCGGUUGCGAAGUACAGGUUGUGUGUGAUGCUAUUGGAUUUUGACUAUGUGUUAGCUGUUAACGUUUUCCAACUGUUUCUCAAAAUCAUCAGCUUCAACCAUACCAAUGCUGUGUUAAGAUACAUGGUAGACAUCAUGUCUCAGCUCAUAGAAGAAAGAGAUGAAGUCUCACUAGAUUUUCAAGUUUCCAUUCUUGAUAGCCUCAGAAAGGAAACUCUGGCUACUGCACCUUGUUCAUCGAUAUUGGGAAGCGAAGUCUUGGAAAAGUGUGCUGCCAAAUUGAAGCCUUGUCUUUUAGAAUUAAUGACAAAUAUGAACAUGAAUUUGGAUGAUUAUUCUAAAGUACUUGGAUCAAUAUUGCAUGAAGUUCCUGAGGGAGAAAACAUGGUGGAAAAUGCUGGUUCUGUACCACCUGUAGAAGGAACAUCUGCUCUUCAACUUCCUCAGGUACCACUACUGGAUGCCACUCAAACAAUGAAUAACAAUAACAAUAACCUGGAACUUGGAAAUCUUGGAGCUCAUUGGACAUUAAUGCAACUUCAAUUGUGUUAACUUUGCCAGCUGUAACUGGAAAGGAGUCUGUGACUAAGCCUGAUGUGUUAGCCCCCAGCAGCACAAAAAGUCCUUGCAAAAGGGGCCA